UUCUCUUUCAUUUUGGGUGGUUUUUCUGAUUAGGAUGGAGCCGCCUGGAGCUCUCAGUGUGGAGGCCUUGCGGGAGCGGCUGCUUCAGGGGCUGGAAGCCGAGCAUGUGGAGGUGGAAGACACAACCCCUGGACGCUGUGCCACAAGCUUCAAGGUCCUGGUAGUUUCUCCUCGUUUCCGGGGGAAAGCGCUGCUGCAGCGGCACCGGCUGGUGAAUGAACUCUUAUCAGAGGAGCUGAAACUCAUUCACGCCUUUGAGCAGAGAACACUGACACCAGAACAGUGGGCAAAAGAGCAAGAAGCUAAGUGAGAGGAACCCACCCCCACUUGACAGAAAGGCAACAGUACGGAGACCAAACCCAGUACCCUAAGAGGACAAGUGCAACAGCACCAUGGAAUGAACUUUAGAUGCAGACAACGGGACACAUCCAUGUCACUCCAGAAGGACUAGGAGGACUUGAAAGAGCAUGAAGCAGUAAAUUAAACAGCCAAAAAGCU